GAUGUAUAGAAAGUGACUGCAAACAAAACCAAUGGCAGCUUGAUUUUUGUUGUUUGUUUGCAGCCCUGACAAAAGAACAAACUCGGUGUCAUUGGCUGCGUGGGAGACUCAUAGAAAAGCUCAGGGAAGCAGCAGGGUGCUGUUUUAACGUAGGUGGGGCGGUUAACCAGACGUACAUUUACCAAAACAACCAGUUAGUUUUUGUCUUUGAAGUCUUUUUCUCCCGUAAAACCAAAAAAAAAAAUACAGUUUGAAAACUUGAAAACACUCCCGAUGUCUCGCUUGCUUUCAAAACAUAAAAGUUUUGGACUUCUGCUGAAGUAGAGGUUCGAUAUUCUCUCUCCACCACUGCCAAAUCCGUUCUGUAAUGUAGAUUACUGAUUAAACUUUCAUCACAAGCUAUCCCUCAAUAAUAAGCACCAGCUAUCAGUCGUGUGUUGAGCUACUGACACUAAUUGGAGGGGGGGGGUCGGUUCCUUGGACUGUGUUCCAACUUUAUUGGGGGGAAAAACGGCCAAAUGGUACAAAAAGUAGCCCAAAUGAUCCAAAGCUACCCAGAACCAGUUUUACUUCCACUAUCAGAAAGAAAGAACUGAGCAGAAAACAACCCAGUCUGCUGACGGUGUCCCCCUCCCUCCCUCCCCCCGUCCCUCCCUCUCCUCACCCAGUCGCUCACUCUGCUCCCCCUCGUCUCUGUCUCUUCUCCUCUUGACAGAAGGAGAAAAGAGGCCGAGUGAGGACAGGAGGAGAGGAGGACUCGGCUUCCUUCCCUCGGUGUGGUUUCCUGUUUGUAGGUGGGAGGAUGUCGUGACGGUUGCAGCAGCGUUCACGCAGCGCUGCAGCUUUUUGACACCCGGUGUCACACUUACCUCUCCUGAUUGGUUCGAGGUGUUUGUGUGUGAAACUUUUUUUUUUUUUUGUCUGACAUUUUGCUGUUCUGCGCUGCAGGCCUCUUUUCCAAAUCCCUCCACCAGUUGCAGUUUGCAGUUGAGAGCGGCUGAAAGAGGGCAGUUUGAUCAGCCCACACAGCGCUCACUGAGACAGAGCUGUGAACUCGGUUGGUUAGUGAGUCACCUGGUUAGUGAGUCAACCUUUGCAGAAGUUCCUCUCACACUCUUUACCUGUAACCUUGUGUCCAGGGUUCGGUCACAGAUCAGGUGUGGGUGUUUUCAGACACCAGUGCUUCAUCUCUUUGGGCAAACGUGACCUGAGUCGAUGGUCGCUCGUCACCUUUCUCAUAGGAAACUCUGAGGAAGGCGACAAAAGAUCAGAGGACCUGUGGCGGGAGGCGAAACGAAACCCUGCGUCUCGUCUCAGGAGGUGAUUGGGUGCAGCGACAAGGGAGGGGAGAGAGAGAGAGUCGGUGACAAAGAGGGAGGGAGGGAGGGAGGAAAGAGCCAAGUAGGUCGCUGAAGGUGCAGAUCAGAUCAUCAGGGAGGAAAGACAGACGAGGUAGACAGAAAGGAGAAAGUGAGCGAAGAAGUGUUCAGACAUGGCGGAUGUUUGGUUACAGUAGUCGCCUUAUGUGGACCAGAUACUGUGGGGGACACGAGACCAGCUGCAGGCCCCGAAACUUCACAGAUCCUCGUCACAACCGUCUCUCCAGUCGCCGUUUGUCCCCGGGUUGUAGAUGAAACAUGGACGCCUCCUGGCUCCUCUGGGUUUUGGCGGCCGCCGUCCUCGUCUCCAUGGUCCUCCUGGCCGUGGUCUGCCUGCACUGCAUGAACAAAGGCCCGCUGGCCUCCAUCAGGCAAGCUUCAGAGGACUACUUGCCAUCCACUGAAUUCAGAGUCAUCCAUCCAUCCCAGCCGACCAAUGAUCAGAACUCCAUCCACCCUUCCUCCAACCUGCUGUCACCUUUCUCACUUUCAGCUGGAACUCAACGGAGACACCGAUCCGUCACCCCAACAGAAACCGAGAGUAAUCCAAGUUAUGAGAAUCCAGCAGAGGGACCUGACUACGUUAACGCUGACAGCGAUGCAGAAGACCCCCCCUACGUAACCGUGUUGCCCGACGGUGAGGCUCCUCUGACCAAUCAGAGCCGAGCAUCGACGCCCAGUUCAGAUAUUCGACACGAUUAUGAGAACGUCCCAGAGAAGAAAGAGGACAGAGAGUAUCUGAAUGUGGAUCCGCUGCACUUUCAAAUAUCUACACCAGAAUUGACGGAUCCAAGCGACAGCGACGACGAUGACGAUGAUGAGGGGAACUACGUCAACGUGCAAGAAGGGACGCAGACUGACUGAGCGACCACAGUGAGCUUUUUAACUGCCAUCUACGUUUUUUCUGUCUCCACCUUUAACUCAUGAUGGCGUUUAUUUAAAACUGAGGAUGAAGAAUGACUAUACGGAGAACAGAGACUUAUUUUUCUUAGUUCCUGAAGCUUCAGUUGAGGGAACAUGUAGAGUUUGUCUGUUUUGUGAUCUGUGGGGUAAAAAAAAAAAUAAAAAUAAAUCACUCUGCCAGUGAGAGGUUUCAGUUUUAUCAGGCUUUUUAAAGCAGGACACUCACCUGAAGCAGGCACAUAAAGCAUGGAGACAGAAAUACGUAGACACGCUGUUUUCAUCAGAGUUAAAAAGCCAUGUGUUCAUGUGGUUCUGUUGUAGAAAUCAGGCUCUGAACCACGACUACACGUAGCUUUUUAGAGAGAGAUGAGAAGAGUUCAAGUGCAUAUUUCUGUUUAGGCAGACUAACGGUCUACAGCAGUGCUAAAUGAGCUAAGUGCUAACUUCUGCAGAUAAAUUAAAAAAAAUAAUAAUAAUUUUGACUUGAUGCUUAAUGAAAAAAGGUACAAAGUUAUUAAAAUUAGUCUAGAGGAAAACGUCUGAACCAAAUUUCAUGACAAUCCAUCCAACAGUUGAGAUAUUUUAGAUACUAACAGGCUGACAUCACCAUCAAAAAUAAUGCAUAAUAUAUAAAGUAUCAUUUCUACUGCACAAAUGUAGGUUUACUUUUUAAGAAUUUGUCCUAAUCCUUGAUUUUUGUCUUGUAAAUUUGACCUCUAAAAAUGAUUUAAUUAAGGAAGAAAUCACCCACAGACACAUUCCACCUGUGCUACAGGUGGACAUGGCUUCGUGCUGAGGAGGCACGAGCCAUAAAAAGGUUGGGAACACUAAAUUAAAAUCCAGAAUAAUAAGAACAGUUGUUGGCAGGUCGGCAGAGAAAAUCCCCAAACAGAAUCAUUUCUCCUGUCAGGCUUCGUUGGUUCAGAGUCAGUUUCUCUCUCCUGAAUCAGUCAGAAGAAUUAAACUUCUCUAGUUUUUUUUAAAGUACAUUUUGUGUAAUUUUUAACUGCAAAUGUGUUAAUUUCUGUAUUCGUUAAUCUCUCUUUCCUCCACUGUAUCUGUCUAACAUCGUGAGAGGUUUAGAUAGUUUGAGCUUUACUUUGAUUUUACUGACAACUCCUGAGAAUGUCCGUCUUAAUUCACACUGUUUUUUUUUAUUUUUUAUUACAGCGUAUUUAUGUGUUGUUACCAUGGUUACUGUUGUCUCUGGAUCUGCAAUCCACUUGUGUGAACUAGAAAAUGUAAAACUACAAUUCAAUUAAAACGUUAACAAAA